AUGAAAAUCUUGGAAUUUGCAACUUUUGAAAAUUUAUCUAAUAUAAUACAAAAUAAUUUCAAUAAUAAAGCUAUUAUGAUCAGUAUUAAUACAAUUCUUACACAACUUGAUAAACUCAAAAGACAUUUAAAAUGUGGUUUUGAAGAAGAAUUAAUAAUCAAUUCAGAUGGAACAGUAAUUCGUGAUCCUUGUAUCUCUCAUUGUUUAUUAUUUGCAUUUGAUACGGAAAAUAUAAAUAAAGAAAAAGAAAAAGAAAUUAAAGAUGUAAUAGACCUGACUGGGAAAAAUAAUGAUGUAAAGAAUAUUGAUUCAGAGUUCUCCUUAGCGAAAGGAUGGGCAUUAAAAAGUAAUCAAAAAUUUGGUGAAAAAGGAGGGAACAGAAUGAUGAAAGAAAUAAAAGUACUAUUAGAAUGUUUUUUUCUAAAUAGAAAUCGAAAUCAAAAAGAUAAAAUGAAUACUCAAGAUAUGCAUACUGAACUUUUGAAAUAUGUUGAAACUGCUGAAGAAGAUAUUCCUAAA